AUGGAUGGAGGUAGUUGCUUAGACGAAAGCACCACAACCGAAUCACUUUCCAUAACAAUAUCGCCAGCGUCAACACCGCCGCCUCCAAAGAGCCUAUGCCGCGUCGGCAGCGGCGCCAGCGCAGUUGUUGACUCCGACGGAAGCACCGUUGGAGAAGCCGAGUCACGGAAGCUUCCUUCUUCCAAAUACAAAGGCGUGGUGCCACAACCAAACGGUCGUUGGGGAGCACAGAUUUACGAGAAGCACCAGCGUGUGUGGCUUGGUACCUUUAACCAAGAAGACGAAGCUGCAAAAGCUUACGACGUCGUCGUACAACGGUUCCGCGGAAAGGAUGCCGUAACGAACUUCAAACCAUUAUUAUCGGGCGAUGGCAACGACGAGAUGGAGGUUGAGUUUCUAAACUCGCAUUCGAAGUCGGAGAUCGUGGACAUGUUAAGGAAGCACACAUACAAUGACGAACUUGAACAGAGUAAACGUGGAAACCGAUUCGUCAACAUACGAAUCCGCAUCCACGGCGCUGAGAACUUUACCGGCUCAGAACACAGCGCGUGUGAAAGAAAAGCGCGUGAGGCUCUGUUCGAGAAGGUGGUUACGCCGAGUGACGUUGGGAAGUUAAAUAGGUUAGUUAUACCGAAACAGCACGCGGAGAAGCAUUUCCCUUUACAGGGAAGUGCGUCGGCAGGGAAGAGAGUGCUUUUGAAUUUUGAAGACGUUGGAAGGAAAAUGUGGCGGUUUCGAUACUCAUAUUGGAACAGUAGCCAAAGCUACGUUCUGACGAAAGGUUGGAGCCGGUUUGUUAAAGAGAAAAAUCUGAAAGCCGGUGAUACAGUUUGUUUUCAACGGUCUACUGGACCGGAUAAACAGCUCUUUAUUGACUGGAAAGCAAGAGAGAAUGUUAAUGAGGUUAGACCGGUUGUUGAGCCGGUUCAGAUGGUUCGGCUAUUUGGGGUUAAUAUUUUCAAACUCCCUGGAUCCGAUGAUAAUAGUAAUGUCAAUGGCUUCUGCAAUGGAAAGAGGAUAGAGAUGGAAAUGUUUACUUUUGACUCUUGCAAGAAGCCUAAAAUUAUUAGAGCUUUGUAA